AUGGUACAACAAUGUCCUCGAUGUAGAAAGAAUGACUUUAAAAAGACUUGUGAUUUAACAAAUCAUCUUAACAGAAAAUUUAAGUUCUAUGUUCGUGAAAAGAAAGGAUCCAAAAGAGGCCAAACAAUGCAUUUAUCUAUAGAGAAUUUGGUUAACUGGCUUGCGAAUCCUAAGAUAAAAAAUAACCCAACUAUUAUUAAUAAAAAGGUCCCAAAAACAGAUAUAGAAUGUAUACAGAAAAAGGCAAAGAAAAGACUGGGGAAGGAAACCCCAACUCCUGAAAUCAUUGACCAAAGAGAUGAGUCUGAAAAAGAUUCAAAAGAUUUAGAUAAAAAAGGUAUUCAAAUAGCAAAAGACAUGUUUAAAGUAGAUGGUGCUGAAUAUGCUUUCUCAAUCUGGUUUGUGGAAAUAGAAUCCAAAAAAUAUGAAGCUGGGAUGACCGAAGAGCGAGCCCAAGAAAUUUUAAAUGCAAUUGACAAUGGCGAGUUCUUAAUAAGGGUAAAAUUUAUUAGAAAUGAUUCUGUAUAUAGAGAUGAAUCUCAAACAAAGAUCACUUUUAAAAUUAUUGAUAAAUAUGAGCCUAUUCGCGAAUCAAAAAAGGCAGGUGGAAAAUACAUCAGGGGUGGCCCCAAUGUUAUACUUACAAAGAAAAAAAAACCAGGAUCUUGGGUAGGAAUAGAUGAAAAAUUUCUGGUCAGAGAAGUCAGUGAGCAAUCUGAAGUAGAAAGACUUGAUACCAAUGCAGAUGGUAUACUUAACUGUGUAGCUGAACGAGUAAUAGAGCAUUUUGAUCAAGCCAAAAGAGGACAUGGACUCACAAAAAUUCGUCGGCAAAAAAUAAAUGAUUGGAAGAAAAAAAUGUACAUUCUAGGUGCUCGAGUAUGUGAUGUAGCAGAGUUAGAAAAAAUUCUCAAGCGACUAAUUACAUUACUUGAUAUAACUCAUGGUACUAUAUUUAAUAGUGGAAAGUAUCGAUCAGGGGACCUCAAGCAAUCUGGCUUAUGGGAGUGGGGAUACGAGUCAAACAAUAUCCCA